AUGGCAGGUGAGAACCAGACUCAAAUGACAGAGUUCGUGCUCCUGGGCUUUUCCCACGGCCAGCCCUUCUUCUUUGUUCUUUUUCUGGCUCUUUACCUGGCCACGCUGCUGGGCAACUCAGCAAUACCCACUCUUGUGUCCCUGGAUCCCCAUCUCCACAGCCCCAUGUACUUCUUCCUCAGUCACCUGUCCUGCUUGGACAUUUGCUACUCAUCAGUGACGGUGCCCAAGAUCCUGGCAAAUGCCCUGCACCUGCAGGCAACCAUCUCCUACCGCGGAUGCCUGGCACAGAUGUUCUUCCUGAUGGGGUGCGCGGGGGCUGAGUGUGCACUCCUGGCUGUCAUGGCCUAUGAUCGAUAUGCAGCCAUAUGCCAGCCCCUGUGCUACACCCAUGCCAUGAGCCCAGGUGUCUGUGUGGUGGCAGCUGUCAGCUGCUGGCUCUGGGGGAUGCUGAACUCGGCUGUGCACACUAUCCUGGCCUCCAGGCUCUCCUGCGGGGCUGUCCGGCUCCAGCACAUCUUCUGUGACGUCCCCCCACUGCUGAGUGCUGCGUGCAGCAACACCCGCCCCAGCCAAGUGGCACUCCACGCUUCCAGUGUCUUUGUAGGCCUCAGCCCCUUCCUGCUUGUUGUCAUCUCCUACCUCCACAUCCUGGCCACCAUAUUCAGGAUGCCUAUGGCUACCAGCAGGCGCAGCCGGUGCAAGGCCUUCUCCACGUGCUCUGCCUAUCUGCUUGUGGUUGCCCUGUACUUUAUGAUGGCCAACCUCAACUACAACCAGCCCAGCUCUGGCUACUCCACAGCAGCUGACACACUGGUCUCUGCACUGUACUGCAUCAUCACCCCCAUGCUAAACCCCCUCAUCUACAGUCUCUGCAACCAGGAGGUGCUGAGGGCCCUGCGGAAGGCUGUAUGGGACAGGGCAUGCCAGGGUCCCCAGGCAGCAAUGCAUGAGCAAUACCAAGGCUGCAACAGAGUGCUGGUGUGGCACUGGUGCAGUAUCAUCCAUCUGUAG